CUCCCAGCAGGCAGCGCGGCGGCACCUCCCCCUCCCACGUGACGCGGGGAGGCGGGGCGCUGGCCGGAAGUGCGGCCCUGAGGCAGGCGCGGCGGCGGAAACGGAGCCUGCGGGUGGAGGAGCGGCCAUGGUGUCCGGCAAGCAGCUCGCUGACUUCGGCUACAAGGCCUUCUCCGGUUCCAUGGUGCUGCUGACGGCGUACGGCGGCUACCUGUGCGGCGUUCGGGCCUACCGCCUGGUGCAGAACCGCCGCGCCCGGCAGGCCUCGGCCGGCCCCGAGAGCUGAGGGCGGAAGGCUCGGGGCUGCCGCAGGACCGAGCUGUGCUCUUGGAGGGGUCCGGAGCGCAAUAAAAUCACGUGGAAACGCC